AUGAGAUCUUCAACGACUUCUACUACAACUGCAACUACUACAAAUUCUUCAUCAGUAAGUCCUAAUACUUCAAAUACUACCCAUACUAAUUUCUCACUUCAAACUCCUAUUCAUGAUUUAUAUCCAGAUCUACCUUCACAUUAUAAAUUAAUAUCUGUUCUUGGUGAUGGAGCAUUUUCAACUGUUUAUAAAGCUAUUGAUUCUUCAGUACCUAAAUCUCAUCCUAAUAGAGUAGUAGCUAUAAAAGUAAUUGAAAAGGUUAAUUUAACUUCAAAACAAUUUACUAAUAUCCAAAAUGAAGUUAAAAUUAUGAAUAAAUUAUCUCAAAAUCCUCAUUCAAAUCAAUCUCAUCCUAAUAUUCUUAAUUUAUUAUAUGCUUAUUCAACUCCAAUGCAUUGUUUCCUUGUUCUUGAAUAUUGUAAUGGUGGAGAAAUCUUUAAUAAGAUUAUUGAAUAUACUUAUUUUUCAGAAGAAUUAUCUCGUCAUGUAUUUAAACAAUUAUUAUCGGCUAUAGAAUACCUUCAUGAUAAUGGUGUAGUCCAUCGAGAUAUAAAACCGGAAAAUCUUCUUUAUUUAAAAAUCCCUCAUUUCCCUCGUGAUAAAUCUAUAUUUAAAUCUCGUCUUCGAAAAUCAGAUGAUGAUUCUAAAAAGGAUGAAGGUGAAUUUAAAAUUAAUGUUGGAGGUGGAUCUGUUGGAUUAAUUAAAUUGGCAGAUUUUGGUCUUGCUAAACAAUUAAAACCUGAAGAUGAUCCUUUUCAUCAACCAUUAAAUACCCCCUGUGGAACAGCGGGUUAUACAGCUCCGGAAGUUAUUACUUGUGGUUCAUCUUCAAAUCCUUCAUCAUCAUCAUCAACUUCACGUCGUUUUAAUUCAUUCUUAAAGACAAAAAAGAAAAAUUCGUAUAAUAAAGCAGUAGAUAUUUGGUCACUUGGAUGUUUCCUUUAUACAAUUUUAUGUGGAUUUCCUCCAUUUUAUGAUGAUGAUGCAAAUCAAUUAACUUUAAAAAUUCUUAAUGCUGAUUAUACUUUUCUUCAACCAUGGUGGGAUGAAAUCUCAGAUUCAGCUAAGGAUCUUAUUUCAAAGAUGUUAGUAAUUGAUCCUUCAACAAGAAUUACUAUAGAUGAGAUUUGGAAACAUCCUUGGAUUCAAGCUGAUCAACCACCAGUUGCCGAAAGUUUAGAUCCUUCAUUAUCAUUAUCUUCUACUUCAUAUUUCAAUAAUAAAUAUGAAGUAUUUGGUGAUGAAUAUACUUCAAUUUCAAGAAGUGCAUCAUUAUCUGUUGCACCAUCAGUAACUGCCCCUGCAUCAAUCUUAGGUGGUUCACAUCAACCAUUAUUAUCUCCUCGAGCUCAAGCAAUUAAAAAAGUAUUUGAUAAUCCUGCUAUGAAUGCGGCUGCCACAGCCAAUGUUCAAUUUAUUGAAAGAAUACAGGAACAUCAUUAUACAGAUGAUGAAGAGGAAAAUGAUGGAUUUGAAAGUGAAAGUAGUGGAGAAGCUAUGACUAGAAUGCAUAAAAAGUAUCCCAAGAGUCCAUUACCUAAUCAGUUGAACUUUAAAAAUGUUUUCAGAAUUGAUAAGAGUAAGUUGCUCAACGAUGAUUUUGACAGUGAGGAAGAUGACAAUGAAGAUGAAGAUGAAGAUGAAGAAGAUGAUGACGAUGAGAAUGAAGAAGAUGAUGAAGUUUCAAGCUUAUCACAUCAAUUUUCAUUCAAGAGGAAUUCUUCUAAGCCAUCAAGAUCUUCAUCUACCAAUUCAAAUUCCAACUUUAUAUAUGAUCUUGAUCUGGCCAAUUCUUCAGAAACUGAUCUCACCAAUGGAGGUGAAGGAGAAUAUCAAACUCGAUCAUCUUCAAUAAUAUCUGGAAUUAAUGGAGAAUUCAAAUUCACUUUAAAUCUUAAUGAUUCAAACUUACUAUCGAGAAGACGUUCAUCGACAGUUUCUAGAAGUUUGAAGAAAAAUGGUUCAUCAGCAAAUUCUCCACCACCGCAACCAGUAUCUCCACCACUUAAUAGUAACAAUUCAAAUACAACCAUUACAUUAUCUGGUUGA